CUCGGCGCGGGUCCCGAACACAAGAUGGCGGCGGAGGCUGCCAGGGUGAGGCGGCGGCGGAGGCGCGAUGGCGGCGGGAAGGCCCGCGCGGGGGAGGAAGCCCUGCGCCUACUCCGGCUGAGCCCCCAGUUGGCAUGAGGCCCUGGCCUUCCUCCUCCCUCCGAGAGACAGAGCUGGGCUGCCUGGAUCCCAUCCGCCGGCCUCUGGAGCAAGUAGGACUGCGAGGGGUUGGGGGCCUGCUUGGGGCCGCUGCCGAGCCCCUCUGCCCCCUUCCCCGCCCCACAGAGAAGACUAAUCUCCAAGCUCUUCAACAGCACCUCGCCCUUGCAAAUGCGGCGAAAUGGCCAAUGAGAACCACGGCGCUGCCAAGGAGGAGGCUGCUCUCAUGAGCCACUCUCCCAGCACCUCCCACCAGAACCAGCCAAGCUCCCCGAAGCCUGUCCGGCUGGUGCAAGACUUGCCAGAUGAACUGGUGCACGCUGGCUGGGAGAAGUGCUGGAGCAAGCGCGAGAACCGCCCCUACUAUUUCAACCGCUUCACCAACCAGUCGCUCUGGGAGAUGCCGCUCUUGGGGCAGCACGACGUCAUUUCCGACCCGCUUGGCCUGAAUGCGGCUCCGGCGACUGCCGAAGGGGGAGUUGGGGAUGGGGCCGCUGCUGCUGCCUCCACCACCUCAGCCCCCACCACCUCGGCCCCCACCCCCACCACGCCCACCACCACCAGCGCCCCCGCUGCUGCCGAGAACAAGGUGCAGAAACGGAGGCUUUCCGAGGAGGUUCAGCCCAGCGGCAACAGCGUCAAGAAGCUCAAGAGCGUCCUCCCUUCUCAGGGGACGUUCCACCACCCUCUGUUGUCCGUCUCUCUGCCCCUCAGGGUCUACUGGGACCUGGACAUCCAGACGAACGCCGUGAUCAAGCAGCGGCCCCCCUCGGACGUGCUCUGCCCCCACCCGGAAGUGGAGCUCCUCCGCUCCCAGCUGAUGCUGAAGCUGCGCACGCACUACCGGGAGCUCUGCCAGCAGCGGGAGGGGAUCGACCCUCCCCGGGAGUCCUUCAACCGGUGGAUGCUGGAGCGGAAAGUGGUGGACAAGGGGUCGGACCCCCUGCUGCCCAGCAGCUGCGAGCCGGUCGUGUCCCCCUCCAUGUUCAGAGAAAUCAUGAAUGACAUUCCCAUCAGGCUGUCCCGAAUCAAGUUCCGAGAAGAAGCCAAGCGGCUCCUCUUCAAGUACGCAGAGGCGGCCAAGAGGCUGAUUGAAUCCAGGAGCGCCUCUCCGGACAGCAGGAAGGUGGUGAAGUGGAACGUGGAGGACACCUUCAGCUGGCUGCGGAGGGACCACUCGGCCUCCAUGGGUCCCCCAAACACGGCCUAUGUCACGGCCUGCUGCUGCCGCUGUCUAGGCGAGAGUGACCGAGCCCGCUCCGUAGACCUGCUUUGCAAGCCUGCUAGCCAGUUACCGGAGGUGGACACGCCCGAGGCCCAGGACCGCCUGGUGUACUGCUUCCCGGUGCGCCUGGCCACCCGCUCUCCCCCGCUGCCCAACGUGGAGAUGCACGUGGAGAACAACGUGGUCUGCGUGCGCUACAAGGGCGAGAUGGUGAAAGUCAGCCGCAACUACUUCAGCAAGCUGUGGCUGCUCUACCGGUACAGCUGCAUCGACGACUCCAGCUUCGAGCGCUUCUUGCCRAGGGUUUGGUGCCUUCUCCGCCGAUACCAGAUGAUGUUUGGGGUGGGGCUCUUUGAAGGGACCGGCCUGCAGGGCUCCAUCCCGGUGCACAUCUUCGAAGCCCUCCACAAGCUCUUUGGCGUCAGCUUCGAGUGCUUCGCCUCCCCGCUCAACUGCUACUUCAAGCAGUACUGCUCGGCCUUCCCGGACACGGACGGCUACUUUGGCUCCAGGGGCCCCUGCUUGGACUUCUUCCCCGUCAGCGGCUCCUUUGAGGCCAACCCUCCCUUCUGCGAGGAGCUGAUGGAUGCCAUGGUCACCCACUUUGAGAAACUGCUGGGCGCGUCCUCCGAGCCGCUCUCCUUCAUCGUCUUCAUCCCCGAGUGGCGGGACCCCCCCACGCCAGCCCUGACGCGGAUGGAGCAGAGCAGCUUCAAGCGGCACCAGCUCAUCCUCCCGGCCUUCGACCACGAAUACCGCAGCGGCUCCCAGCACCUCUGCAAGAAGGAGGAGAUGUACUACAAGGCGGUGCACAACACGGCCGUCCUCUUCCUGCAGAACGAGGCCGGCUUUGCCAAGUGGGAGCCCACCCCGGAGCGGCUGCAGGAGCUGGUGGCCGCCUUCAAGCACUCCGGGCGCACCCUGGCCGCUGCCUCCGCCGCCGCUGCCGCCUCCACCGCCACCGCCGCUGCUUCCUCUUCUUCCUCGGACAAGGAGCGAGAGGCGGCCAAGGAGCCGAGCGCCGGUGGAGACUCGAGCACCCCCAACUGAGGGGCCCUGAACUGACCGGACAGACAGAAGGAAGAAGGGGAGCGAGGGGGGGGCUGCUUCGCCAGCGGGAAGCAUCUGACCCUCAAGGACUGGAGUGGGCAGUUUGCCCGGCACCCGUCCCUUCCUCCCCGGUCCUGCAGGCCCUUGCUGGGGGACUAGGCUCCGGCCGGGGCAGGUGGACAGACUGCGGGGCCCUGGACUUGCAAGGACGGCCACGACGGUGCCUGCUGCCCUUGACCUUGACCUCCUGCAGACAGGACAAGGCAGGAGCAGCCGGGCCUCGGCCAAGGAAGCGAGCCUCUGGAGGGAAGGAGUGACGGGAGGGCUGCAGCGAUGGCCCCGCCCUGUGCCCGCCCUGUAAAUACGCCUCUUCCGUGUUCCGGGCCCUUCCGCGCCCCCCUUCCCGCCCCCACCGGAGGCCCCCCCCAGUUCUGCCUGCCCCCACCGAAACCCCUUCCCGCGAGCCGCGGAGCAGAGGAGCCCCUUUGUGUGUCUGUGUGUACAGAGGUCUUGGCUGCCAUUUUUGUAGUCGUCAUGGUUUGUACCUGGAGCCCCGGGCUUUCUUGGGCGGGGCGGCUUUUUUUUUAAAGGAUUUAAUUUAACAGUGCUAACCAUUUUAUUACUUUUAUCAAAAAAAAAAGAGCAAAGGAAAAGUCUAUUUUUGAUUUUGUUUCCUAGUUCUUAGGGACAUUAAAGACCAGCAUUACAAUGUC